GAAUCGACUGUGGAGGGUGGUCCACGCGCCGAAGCCUUGGUGCGGCUGCCCAUUGAUGCGAAGCAAGACAACAGCAUUGAAUCGGCGGGUAGCGCUAGCUCAUCUUCGUCCACAGAACAAAAGACCGAUCGGCCACUGAAGUUCCUGUUCUCGAACAAAUAUCGGCAGCAAACUAAAGAUCGCACUUUGGCUGAGAGUUUGCAGAAUGCUGGUUAUAUUACCUCCAGCACUGGGCGCACCAAGUUCGAACCAGCUUCAGUGCUGGAACAGCUGCAACUCUACCUCGCAGGCGAUAGUGAUGAGAGCAGCGCACAACAAUUCGUAGAUGAUUUCUCAGAGCGUGAAAUCAAUGCUGCAGUGAAAGAGAUCAAAAAUCUCUACACCACACCCAGAGCCAAAGCCACAGCAACAACAUACGCAGGCACAACAACAACGACGACGACCACUCAUAGACCACCUACCACAACCACAACAACCACAUUGCGUCCGACUACUACUGCCGCGCCGCCGACUACUGUUUACCGCGUAGCAAGCGCGCCUCAGUCAACACCAACCACUUCCACUACCACAACCACCACAAAUACCGUCACACUUACGAACAACCGUUCCCCCAUACACACCAACACAAAUACAUAUGCACAAACGAAAAUGCCAGCACCAGCCUUCACCUCCAACCCCUCCUCCUCCUCCAUCAACCACUCAACCACCAGCAACACAGCGCCAGCGAGCACUGCCAAAUCCUUGUUAACGCCAAUGCGCGCUUCAAGAGUUAAUAAUGCCAUCAAGUCGUCGAUUGCCGCGGCCGCUUACUCCGCUUCUUCUUCGCCUACCGCUUCCUCCACCAACACCACCACCGUCUCCAACUCUGCUUCCCAGCAGGCGUCUGCAGCUGUGGGCACCGCCAACGCGGCCAGAGGUAACAGUAUUAAGGGCAAUGCUUACGUCACGAAUACCGGUGCAGCGAUCAAAUGUUCCGACACCACAUCGAAUGCCAAGUGCAACGAAAUUCCCUCGAGAACAAAUUCGAAUAACAAUCGUAAUCGUGGUAGCUCCAGCUAUACUGGCCAGGAUCGUGAUGUACCCACAGCAGUGACCAGUAAUCGUGGCACACAUCCACCACGCACACGUCCCACUUUGAAGCCUUCGGGCACGAUCGUAUCGAAAGCACAGGAAUUUGUCGAUAUCUAUAGAAAUCCACCAACACGUCCGGAACCGCUUUACCCACAACCAACGCCCGACAAGACAGCAGCCAAGUGUCGCAAGGAUGUUUGUCUGCUACCCGAUUGUUCAUGCGGUGGCAAGGAAAUACCCGGCGAUUUACCAGUUGAGACUGUACCUCAAAUUGUGCUAAUCACAUUCGACGACUCUGUUAAUGAUCUGAAUAAGCAACUUUAUAUCGAUCUAUUCGAAAAGGGGCGUGUCAAUCCGAAUGGUUGUCCUAUAACGGCCACUUUCUACGUAUCACACGAGUGGACUGACUACAGUCAAGUGCAAAAUUUGUACGCCGAUGGGCAUGAGAUGGCCUCACAUACUGUAUCUCACAGCUUCGGCGAACAAUUCUCGCAAAAGAAGUGGACGCGUGAGAUUGCCGGCCAGCGUGAAAUUCUCGCCGCCUAUGGUGGUGUGAAACUCUCCGAUGUGCGUGGUAUGCGCGCGCCGUUCCUCUCAGUCGGCGGCAAUAAAAUGUACAAAAUGCUUUACGACUCAAACUUUACCUACGAUUCAUCACUGCCAGUGUACGAAAAUCGCCCACCAUCAUGGCCCUACACGUUCGACUAUAAAAUCUUCCACGACUGCAUGAUACCACCCUGCCCGACGCGCAGCUAUCCAGGUGUCUGGCAAGUGCCUAUGGUGAUGUGGCAAGACUUGAACGGUGGACGUUGUUCAAUGGGUGAUGCCUGUUCGAAUCCCAGCGAAUCGGAUGGUGUUUACAAAAUGAUUAUGAAGAAUUUCGAAAGACACUACACGACAAACAGAGCUCCAUUUGGUCUCUACUAUCAUGCGGCUUGGUUCACGCAGCCUCACCAUAAAGAAGGUUUCAUCAAAUUCUUAGACGCCAUCAAUCAAAUGCCAGACGUUUGGAUUGUGACCAAUUGGCAAAUGUUGCAAUGGGUACGUGAUCCAACACCACUCUCGCGCAUCAAUUCCUUUCAGCCAUUCUCGUGUGAUUACUCGGACCGUCCGAAGCGUUGCAACAACCCCAAGGUCUGCAAUCUCUGGCACAAAUCCGGCGUACGUUAUAUGAAAACGUGUCAACCCUGUCCCGACAUCUAUCCUUGGACCGGCAAGUCAGGCAUACGUUCAUCGCGUAUCGACAACGAAAUUGAAGAUUCGACAGCGUAAAUUGCAAAAUGUGUUUUCUGUGUGUGAGAGCAAUACUAGAUAAGUGGUAUAAGCUUAUGUGUUCUUUUGGGGUGGUGGGGGGGGGUGGAGCCAAGCAGAGCAGCAGCGGCGGAGCAAAGUUCGAUGUGUCAGGUGUAAACUCAGACGCUUUGCUGCACUGCGCGUGCGCAUGCGCAAUUUGUAAAUAUACGCACACAAGUGUCAAUCAGAAAGAGAAACAUACAAACAUACAUACAACUGCAAAUGCACAAAAUAUGCAAUUCACUCGUUAGCAGCGUAAAAAUUUUUGUAAAAAUCGAAAAAAGAAAAAUUAUGAAAUUAAAAAAGAAAAAUUGUUAGAGCAAACGGCGAAUAUUAGCUGUACUAGAAAAUACAGAAAAACAACCUUGCUUUGGACUAUUUAAAUUUAUUUUGGUAUUUUGUAAAACAAAGAAGAAACUAUUUAUUUUUUAUUUAAUUUGUGACGAAAUUUUAGUAUUAAAUUUAUGUUUGCUAUUUUAAGUUAAAAAAAAAAAAUUAAGUAAACUGGCCACGCAUGCGCGCAAUACUAGCUGUAGAUUUUUUUCGUGUAGGCUAAGCAAUUUUCUGCUGCUUUCUAUGAAAUUAAUCACUUGAAAGUGUGUACGAAAAUGCAGAUGGCUUUAAAAUAAAGAGUUUUAAAUUAAAAAAGUUAGUAUAGGUUUAAUUUUUUUGGUAGGUUAGGCUUAUAGUACCUAAGCACAGUAUGUAUUUACUUAUGUAAGUACUUAAUAAUUUACGAUAUUAUUACGAUAUGUGAUAAAUGUUUGCUAUAAUUUUUGACUAUGCAUUACGCCGACAGCGCGCGAGGUGAGUUUCAACUUUGAGGCAUGUAUAGGCAUGAAAAUUAUAGAAUUUCAUUAUGUAGUUUGAUUAGUUCUAAUACCGCAAAAGCAAUAUCUCAAAGUCAUGAAAGCGUAGCCUACAUUGAAUUUGAUAAUCAUAAUAUGAGUAAGACAACUUUUACAAAACUACAUAAAUGAGUGGCAUAUCACGUAAACAGAGCUUUUUAAGCUUGCUAGUGGUGAUCGUGUAGAGCUUUUUUAAUCUUUCUAAACACUUUACAGCUAUUCAAAGUUAAAAUCUCUCUCUGCCCAUUACUUACAUACUGAAAGCUCUGAGAAGGUUCUACCGCAGCACUGGCUUUGGUUGUGACUUUUUUAAAUAGACGCUUACAGGGCAAAAGCUUUCUCUGAUCGUCACCGAAAUAGAGUAACUUCGUUCGCUGGCUACAUUUUUAACCGAAUUUGUUUGUUUCGUAAGAUAGGCCAAUCUUUUCUAAAGCUUCAUGAACUUUUUAUAUCAGUCACCACCAAAUCCUAUUCCGAGAGAAAAGCUUUAUAUAAAUUUUAAGCUCGGGUUUUCGCUGUUUUAUAAUGGACAUGCACAGAGUAAAACCUUCUUCUGAUCAACACUACAUUAAACAAAAAAACUUUUAU